GCGUCGGUGACGUCCCGGUCUUUCUGAGGCCAGGAGGCGCGGGAAUCUGUCGGGCGCGCUCAGUGCAGUCGGACGGCCCCCGACCGGCUAUGGCCGAUUACCUGAUCAGCGGCGGCACCGGCUACGUGCCGGACGACGGGCUAACGGCGCAGCAGAUGUUGAACUGUGGCGACGGACUGACUUACAAUGACUUCCUUAUUCUCCCUGGCUACAUAGAUUUUACUGCCGACCAAGUGGACUUGACUUCUGCUCUAACCAAGAAGAUAAGCUUGAAAACCCCUUUGGUAUCCUCCCCUAUGGACACCGUAACAGAGGCCAGCAUGGCUAUUGCAAUGGCGCUCACAGGAGGAAUAGGAUUCAUCCAUCAUAACUGUACCCCGGAAUUCCAGGCCAACGAAGUACGGAAAGUUAAGAAAUAUGAACAAGGAUUUAUCACAGAUCCGGUGGUGCUGAGCCCUAAUGAUCGCGUCCGAGAUGUAUUUGAAGCGAAAGCCCGUCAUGGAUUCUGUGGCAUCCCCAUAACAGACAAUGGGAAGAUGGGUAGCCGGCUCAUGGGGAUUAUCUCCUCUAGAGACAUUGAUUUCCUGAAAGAGGAAGAGCACGAUCUGCCUCUUAGUGAGAUUAUGACCAAACGGGAGGAUCUUGUUGUAGCUCCUGCAGGAGUUACAUUAAAAGAAGCGAAUGAAAUCUUGCAGAGGAGUAAAAAAGGAAAAUUGCCAAUUGUUAAUGAAAAGGGAGAGUUGGUGGCCAUAAUUGCUCGCACAGAUCUGAAGAAGAAUCGGGACUAUCCCCUGGCUUCAAAGGAUGCCAAGAAACAGUUGCUCUGUGGUGCAGCCAUUGGGACUCACGAAGAUGAUAGGUACCGUCUUGAUCUGCUGGCACAAGCUGGAGUUGAUGUCAUUGUAUUGGAUUCAUCUCAGGGGAACUCCAUUUUUCAAAUAAACAUGAUCAAAUACAUCAAGGAGAAAUAUCCUCAUCUGCAAGUCAUUGGAGGCAAUGUGGUGACAGCGGCCCAGGCAAAGAACUUGAUUGACGCAGGGGCUGAUGCUCUGAGGGUUGGCAUGGGCAGCGGCUCUAUCUGCAUCACACAAGAAGCUGCUCCAAAGGUCCCUCCAGACCUAAAGUCCCACAGCCCCAAAUGCCCUUCCGCGGUCACUGGCACCUAUAUCUUAGCGUGUGGCAGGCCCCAAGCCACAGCGGUCUACAAAGUGUCUGAGUAUGCUCGAAGAUUUGGUGUGCCAGUGAUUGCAGAUGGAGGCAUCCAGACUGUUGGACACAUUGCCAAGGCCCUUGCUCUGGGCGCUUCCACGGUGAUGAUGGGGUCCCUUCUAGCUGCUACCUCAGAAGCCCCUGGGGAGUAUUUCUUCUCAGAUGGGAUCAGGCUGAAGAAAUACCGUGGCAUGGGAUCUCUUGAUGCAAUGGACAAGAACCUGGGCAGCCAGAACAGAUAUUUCAGUGAGACGGAUAAAAUUAAAGUGGCCCAGGGGGUCUCGGGGGCUGUGCAGGACAAGGGCUCCAUCCACAAGUUCGUGCCAUACCUGAUUGCUGGCAUCCAGCAUUCCUGCCAAGACAUUGGCUCCAAGAGUUUAACCCAGCUGAGGGCCAUGAUGUAUUCCGGAGAGCUGAAAUUCGAGAAGAGAACGACGUCUGCCCAGGUGGAAGGAGGGGUUCACGGCCUUCACUCAUAUGAGAAGCGUCUUUUCUGAUGAUGGGUCCCUUGUACAUUUCCAGAGCCUCUUUUGUCACGUGGGGCUCGUGCAGCCACGAUCAUGAACUGCUCCCUUCACAGAAGUGCCGUUUUGCUAAAGACGCAGAGCUACAUGCCAUUUCCUCAAGUCAUCAGCUGCUCUGACCAAGGCUGAAGAGAACUUAUUCCAGAGAUGGUGCUGUAUGCUAACCGAAGCCUUGCAGAUGUGUGUGUUCUUGCACUAUUUUUACAAUAAAACGUGAGGAACGAGUCUUCACUUUUUCCAGGGCA